AUGCUGACCGCGCGCUCCCCGCUCUCCGUGAAGAACGAGCAGUCCCUCAGCGGGCAGCUGGACAAAAUGUCUCUGGACAAAGAGAACACGCCUCCGGGCCCGAACAGCAGCCGCAUCCUGGCGUCCAAAACCGCGCGGAGGAUCUUCGACGCUGCUGCGCCCAAAGUGAAAAAGAGCAGCAGCUCGCAGGAAGAGGAGCCUCUGCUGAAGGACAACCCUCGCCGCUUCGUCAUCUUCCCCAUCGAGUACCACGAUAUCUGGCAGAUGUACAAGAAGGCAGAGGCGUCCUUUUGGACGGCAGAGGAGGUGGAUCUGUCCAAGGACCUGCAGCACUGGGAUGCCAUGAAGGACGAAGAGCGCUACUUCAUCUCCCACGUGUUGGCCUUCUUCGCCGCCAGCGACGGCAUCGUCAACGAGAACCUGGUGGAGCGCUUCAUGCAGGAAGUGCAGGUGACGGAGGCCCGGUGUUUCUACGGUUUUCAGAUCGCCAUGGAGAACAUCCACUCAGAGAUGUACAGCCUGCUGAUCGACACGUACAUCAAGGACCCCAAAGAGAGAGAGUACCUGUUUAAUGCCAUCGAGACGCUGCCGUGCGUGAAGAAGAAGGCCGACUGGGCGCUCAACUGGAUCGGCAACAAGAACGCCACCUAUGGGGAGCGCGUGGUGGCCUUUGCCGCUGUGGAGGGGAUCUUCUUCUCGGGCUCGUUCGCCGCCAUCUUCUGGCUGAAGAAGAGAGGCCUGAUGCCCGGCCUGACCUUCUCCAACGAGCUCAUCAGCAGAGACGAGGGUCUGCACUGUGACUUUGCCUGUCUGAUGUUCAAACACCUGGUGAACAAACCGCCCAAGGAAACCGUCAUCAGCAUCAUCAAGAACGCCGUGGAGAUCGAGCAGGAGUUCCUGACUGACGCUCUGCCCGUCAAGCUCAUCGGGAUGAACUGCGACAUGAUGAAACGGUACAUCGAGUUCGUGGCCGACAGACUGUUGCUGGAGCUCGGCUUCUCCAAGAUCUACCGGGUGGAGAACCCUUUUGACUUCAUGGAGAACAUCUCCCUGGAGGGAAAGACCAACUUCUUUGAGAAGCGGGUGGGCGAGUACCAGAGGAUGGGCGUGAUGGCGACGCCCACGGACAACACCUUCCGGUUGGACGCUGACUUCUGAGGCGGGGGCUGCUCUUUGGACUUCAGCUAGUUGGAUUGCAGGCAGGACUGCAGUCGGGUUCAAACGUUUGUUGUUUUUUUUUUCUUUCUUUUUGUACAUAGACUUUGUAGAGUUUUUAUUAAGUCUUAUUAUAGUUUUAAAUAUGUACAUUUUUGUAAUAAAGCAACUGUUUGUAAAAAGCA